GCAGAAGGAGAUCUGUAUCACACCCAGGGAGUCCCCUCAUUUGUGUGGGUAUGUGAAACACGAGAUAAAUCAGAAAUUAUCCAAAUAUGUCCAGUACCUUUGCCUUAUCAUAACCAGUCAAUCAGCUUAACCGAGGGGCGGGGCCUCGUCGGUUGGCUUCUCCUUGACACACCUGGACACACUGCACUAGAGCACGCGCCUUCAGGUCCGCGCAGGUGUGGUGUAUUAACGUGUCAGUAGAGACUACAGGUGUGUGUGUGUGCGCGAGCCCCGCUACCUGCACCGGCGAUGAGGCGCGCGCAGCGGAUACGAGCCCAGCUGCCCUCCUGCUAUUACGAGGGAUUUCUGGAAAAAAGGUCUUUAAAAAAUAGAACCAGUCAGAAUCUCUGGGCUGCACUGUGUGGGGACGCUCUGUUCUUCUUCAACAAUAGCAAGGACUGUGACUAUGUAGAAAAGCAAGAACUGUCAAACUUCAUCUCUCUGACGGACUACCCCAGUUCAGAUGUCAGUCUCCACCUGCGUGUACAAGACGACGAUAUCUACCUCACGGCUCCGAGUCUAGAAGCCCGUGAGCUAUGGAAAGGCUUCAUUUGGUCCGUGGUGAAGCUGCAAGUUCCCACCUCCCUCAACCUGCUGCCUGGUCAGGUUCGCAUGCUGAAAGACGCUGUGGAGAAAGAGAACGAGAGACUUAAAGAGAUCGCUGAAAAAGCUGCAGCUGAACAAGCUUCUAAAGCAGCAGCUACGCCAGACCAUAACGAUUACAUGUCUGUACUGUCCGAGAUGCCAGCGUGCUUUUGCAAACUAGCCCGGAUUGAAACUGAAAACCUUUUGGAAAAGCACAAAGAUAAAGGAAACCUGCUGCUCAGACCUAGCCGAGAUGGAACCUGUUUUGCUGUCACUACUCGGCAGGAGUUUAAUGGGCCAGUUUUCCAACAUUACAGAGUAACACAGACCCCUGAUGGAGGAUUCGUCAUUGCUGUUGACAAUCCAAUUCCUUGCAAAACACUCCAUGAUGUGAUUAACUAUCUGAUAGAAACUACUGGAGGAUAUUAUAAGCCCCUGGUUCUGGAGCACAAGUAUGACGAAAACAUCGAUUAUGAUGAGGAGAACAGAGAGAAAAGGAUGUGCUGUGCAUCCAGCAGCCCUAUGCGCCCCAAACUAGGCCUCAAACCAGCUCCAGGAAAGAAACACGAGAUCAUCUACCAAAACUCCUUUGAGGAGGACAAUAACUUUGUUGACGAAGACGACUGUGCCCUGCCACCUCUCUUUCCUCGGGCCCCAGCGCGACCUCCAAAGCCUCAGUCGUCUGUGCCUAGUCUGCCCAUAGGUCCAGGCGGGGCUUUGCUUCCACGAAAUUUUCGCCGACACAGUGAUACAGCGGUCGCUGAAGCAAGACCAAGACGGCCAAUAUCAGCAGUGUCUAUUGGAGAAACCUUUUUUCAGUCGCGACCUCCAAAGCCUCAGUCGUCUGUGCCUAGUCUGCCCAUAGGUCCAGGCGGGGCUUUGCUUCCACCAAUUUCGCACCUGUGCAGUGCCACAGCAGUCGCUGAAGCAAGACCAAGACGGCCAAUACCAGCAGUGCCUAUUGGAGAAACCUUAUUUCAGUGUUUUAAUAAAGAGCUGAAGCAGAAGAUGGAAGAAAUGAGACUUACUGCAGAGUGA